AUGGGUUUCAUAACUGUUAAUAUCAUUAAUGAUGGCAAUACUUUGACUAGGCCAAAAUGUACAGAUGACUAUGGUGACAUUUUAGAUGAAAUUCUAGGUAUUAUUGCUGCAUUUGAACGAAAGAAACAUAUAGAUUUCAACGACGAAUGGAAACAAAUAAUUACAUAUAUAGAGGAAGGACAUGAGAAACUUAAAAAGUGUUAUGAUGAAAGGUUGCUAGAUCUUAAAUUAGAUGAUGACGAUGAUAUAAAAAAAUUUUAUACAAAAUGUAAAUCAAAUGCUGAAUGUCUCAGCUAUAUCUCACCAAAACUUGAAAAGGCUGCUGCAUUAUUAAAAGAUGCUACAGAAACAUCAUGCGAAGGAGGUGGUGACUGUGUAGAAAAAGUAAAAGCAGUAAAAGGAGAAGCGGGUGAAGGAACAUCACACCCGAAUGAAAAAGACUCUGGAAUGCAAGAUUUAAAAACGCAGAAAUCACGAGGUCAAAGCGGAAGCCCUGCAGAUGGAAAAGAACCAAGACAACAAGUAAUUUCACAGGUUCAACAGGAUGUAAAAUUUCAGGAAACUUCUGUUGAACCUAAACCUGAAGAGCUGGAAGCAAAAGUUAGCCAUCAUUUUAGUCCGCCUGAACCAAUAGAUAAUCGGUCACAGGGUUUAGGCAUCACCCCUCAACAGGCACACAAUACACUAGAUAAUUCACAUAAUAGUCAAACCCCAAAUGAUAAUGCCCAUGGUAGCCAAGGCGUUGACAGUCAAACUGAUAAAACUCAUCCCUCUGUUGAUAGAGAUGUUUCUAUGGUUUCUACCACAGAAAGUCGUGCUACGGGAACUUCUAUUAGUGGAGAACAUGGUGACGUAGUUUCACCUCAUACAGUUGCUGAUAGAGCAGAUAAUUACAGGACAUCUGUUACUCCCGUAGGUUCUGCUAAUGUUCGGGGUAGUAGUGUAGCAUCUGCUGAUACACUUCAUGGAGUUAAUGGUAUUAAUCGUGGCGCUACUACCAGUGAACGUGUCGUUACUAAAGCUGCUGAUAGUGUACCCGUUAGCAGUGAACGUUCUGGAAGUAGCAUUCCUGCUGUUGGUAGUGAUCAACGUAAAGUUGAUAAUCUUGAAAACCACGGUAGCCAUGAAGAUGCUGGUCGAGCA